AUGCAUAUCUCCAACAACCUCGCUGCAAUCGCCGCAGCAGUGCUGGCAGUCACUCAGCCUGCAGCAGCCGCACCUGUAGAUGGCAUGGGCCUGCAAAUCAACUUCUACAAGUCUCCCACUUGCGGUGAACCCACCGGCGAGGCCUUCACCUGGUGGAACAAGUUCCCCUUGACCGGUCGCCGUGGAUCAACGGGUCCCUACAAGGAAGCGCAGUGCUUCUCCCUCAACAUGCCUGGAAACUCCGGGUCUCUCAAGGCCGCUGCCGCAUACGCUUCCCAGGGCGGCGUGACGGAUGGUGAAUGCUGGCUGUACGAUGAUUGGGGCUGCAAGGGAAACAGCAAGCUCAUCAAGAGCAUUGGUAUGCAGGCUGACUGUCAUGCAUCGAGGAGCAAGGACAAGUGGUUGUGGAAGAGUGCUUGGUGCACGACGGUCAACUCUCCUUGGUAG